CCGUGAGCAAAUCUGGGCAGAGCUCCCGGCUUUAAAACGGCGUGAUCAUAGCAGCCUCUGCCACUGCAAGCAAAGCCACCGCCCACCGGCCGGAGGGAAGGGAGAAAAGAGAAAGCUAGCUGCCUUUGUCUUUGGGCCAUGGCGGAGUUCAAGCACCUUUGCAUGGCCAAGUUCAAGGAAGGCGUCGUGGUGGAGGACAUCAUCCAGGAGCUCACCAAGCUCGCCGCGGAGCUCGACACCGUCAAAUACUUUGGGUGGGGCAAGGACGUGCUGAACCAGGAGGCGCUCACGCAGGGCUUCACCCACGUCUUCGUCAUGACCUUCGCCAGCGCCGAGGACCUGGCGGCGUGCAUGGGCCACGAGAAGCACACUGCCUUCGCAGCCACCUUCAUGGCGGCGCUCGACAAGGUCGUCGUCAUGGACUUCCCCUUAGUCUUCGUUAAGCCGGCGCCGCCGCUUGCCUGACCCGCCUCCACUAUCUCUACCAACAACUAUCACCAAGCAUGGGAGUACCUGAGCCUCCUUUCUCUGCUUGUCCUGCUGCUUCAGUGUUUAGCUUGUGCAGCUGCCUGUAAGACUGUAACGCCGCGUGUUCCCCUGAAAAGUUGUUUGGUGAUCCACCCUUGAAUAAACUUGUGCGAUUUUCGUUUGUUUUUCUUGGCA